GUUCCUAUGAAACGGCGAGUUCGAUUUUGAAAAACACAAAAAGCAAUAUGGCCGCUACACGUUUUGGUAGUUUGCCUGGAAUGGCGGGGAAUAUGGCCGGUGUUCAACAGCAGAUGAUGUCGCAAAGACCGCAACAAUUUAACCAAGGUCAUUUUCAAGCUGUAAGUGAAUUCAAACUUAAAUUUGAACCAAAUACUUCUGUUCUUUUCUUCAAAUAAAUGAAAUAGUUGAAAGUGAACUUGAAACGAAGUCCAAGGACAAGACAAAAAACUUCGCACGAGCCGCGAGCAGCCAGCCAGGCUGAACCAUUAUGCCUGCAUUAUACAUGACGUGCCUCACAUAUUAUUUUUAUAGUUGCACUUUAUAUUUUUAAUGGGAGCUUGGACUGGUGAAUGCUGAUUAAUCAGCUGAUUGGCGUUUUUAAUUAUAGUCGUAAUAAUGUAUCGAUCAAUUCCAAACAUUGCCAUCUCCCCCCAUCUCAGUGUGGAAAGUUUGUAUCGUGCGACCGAUAUCUCCGGCGCUCAAUUUUGAUGCUUUCUAUAUAUUUACUAUUAAAUUUUCAAAAUCUCUGGCACGUAAUUUACUAAUUUCCAAACUUUCCAGUUAGGCGAGCAUGCCCCGGAAAUCAUGUUUCCGGGUAGUGGGGGAUUAGACAUUCUGAAUCACCAAUGUUAGUGAUUGACCGAUUGUGCAACAAUUGAAAUUACCGAUUCUUCAUGUCACAAUUACCUACCCAAUAUCGAUGCCGAUUUUAUAAUGACAUCAUAUAAAUAUCAGUUGACCGAGUAAAGGUGACAUCAUUCAUAAUUUCCAAUGUAAAAUAAAGGAUGAUGGGACUAAGAAAUGUUGGAGUCGAUUGUUUGAUGUGCAAUUGUGCGUCUUGUUCUAACUUUGUAGUCUGACAUACUUUUCAGAAACCUGUGCUUAAUUAUGAACUUUAUUUUAAAUUAAUGACUAAGUACAUAUUUCUAGAACCACUGAGUAUUUUAAUAAAAUACAAAACAAGUGUAACUCCAAAAAUCGAUAACAUUUUUAUUUAUCCAUGUUUCGACUAUAUUUCAGUUAUCAUCAGGAUAAACUAGCUAGGUUAUAUAUCAAAAGCAGCAUUUCAGGGCGCGAAAUAACGGCUGGAGGGACGCCGGUCAAGGUGUCCGGCCAACUCAAUUUUAGCUCGGACAUACCGUAUUUCUGGCCGGUCGUAUUAUUCAGCUUAAAGCAAAGCCUAGUAAAGUAUACCCCUAAAAAUGUGACUAUUUUCCCAGUAUUCCCAGUAUAGCAUUACAAAAAGCCUUACUGUAAUCAGUAAUUAAAAACUCCUUCACAUAAAACAACUUGCACUGUGCUAAAACAAUGGCCUUAAUUAACUCUUAAGCCAAAAGCAUGGCCAUGGGCUUUGUGACGUACUGCGUGGGAAAGCUGGCGUACGUUGAAGUUCUUUUCCCGCAAGAUAUUGGACAACAUGUUAUUGGUUCUUAAUUAUAAUGCUUGACAACUUUGUUUUCAUUAUUAAUUCAAAUGAAGAUUAGUUGUUUGUUCUUUUACCAAAAGUAACCGGUCAAAAUGACUGGCAAGGUAAGAAUUUGACCGGACAAUUCCGCAUUCUGGCCGGACAUUGUCCGUUGACCGGCCGUUAUUUCGCGCCCUGCAUUUAUAUGAAGAAAUAUGAUACAAUCAUUAGGUUGAUUAUUAAUGAAUUAAUUAAAUAUGAUUAGUUCUUUAGAAGCUUUAAGUCCACGAUUAAGUUCAGGUUUAUAUCUUUGAAUUUAGCGAGGGAUUCUUGAUACAGCAAAAGUAACCAAUGGUUAGAUUUAUCAAUUACUUUAGUGUUGUGGAAAACAUGUUCAACCAUUAUACUGGUUUGAUUAGACUUUGCGUCAUCGUUGGGAUAUAGUUCUAAAAGGGCUUUAAUAUGUUGAAACUGUUCACAAGUAGAAAGGUGUUGAUGGAUUACAGAUUCUGUGUGAUUUGAAUGUUCCUUUAGUUCUGGUGUAUAAGUAGCAAUCAGUUUUUCCGAUGUACCUACUAUUACAUCCAGGAAAUAAAUUCAUAGACAACAGAGCUUUGAUAAGUUUUCGGGGUUUUAUCUUUGAAUGACACAAAUACAUUGCUGUUAAUGGUUUUCCAGUUAAUAACAAAUCGACAUUUUAAUAUGAGGAGAGGGGUUAUUUUGCGUAUCAACGAACGAGUUAGUCUUUCACCAAAUUUGCCAAGAUAUGGUAGCUGUAACCAGAUAUUAGGAGUUAAUCUGAACUUAAUCAUGGACUUAAAGCUUCUAAAGAACUAAUCAUAUUUAAUUAAUUCAUUAAUAAUCAACCUAAUGAUUGUAUCAUAUUUCUUCAUAUAAAUGCUGCUUUUGAUAUAUAACCUAGCUAGUUUAUCAUAAUGAUGACUGAAAUAUAGUCGAAACGUAGAUAAAUAAAAUGAUAUCGAUUUUUGGAGUUACACUUGUUAAGUACAUAUUGAGUAUUGACAAACACUAGCGCAAGUAUACAGCAAUAAUCAUUGGCGUAUCAGUCAGGUGCGACUAAAAAUUUUGAAUUAUCACACCCUGAAGUGUUAUUUGUCUGUGACUGGAAACUAUUGUGCUAAUGCUAUUUGUGCGGCUGAACUAUUUUCUGUGUUCUGUCAGCAUGCUAAAAUGACAUCAAGUAAAUUUCAUUAAAUUUCAAGCAAUUCCUUGUUAGUUGAGUGGUUAAGCGAACACAUGGCUUGAACAGUUUGGGCUGGAGUUUACGGGGUUACGUUUAGAGGUUAAGGAAGGGGUUAGGUGCAGGAAACUUUCCUGUUUUAUUGUGUGAAACAAAUGACCUAUUAACAAAUUAAUUAUUAACCAAUCAAAUUAAUUCACGGACAAAUAGCCAAAGCUUGUUGGUUCCUGUGAUCGGACAAAUAACAAUUUCGUUUCCAAAAAGAGCAUUAUUGUUAAAGACGGAAUAACACAAUGUUCAUAAUUUAUUGUCAUGUUAAGUCACAGAGUUGCAAGUGAUGGAGGUUAAUCCAGCUGCUGACGUAAUAUAAUUUACAAAAGUAUCCCAAUGGUACUGUAAAUCUGCUCGUAACAUGUUUUAAGCAUGCUGCAUGCACGUUCUCCAUGCUGGAAUACAGUAAAUCAACAGGCAGUGUUUUAUUGUAUAAAUUUAGGAAUAAAUCUGCUCGUAACAUGUUUUAAGCAUGCUGCAUGCACGUUCUCCAUGCUGGAAUACAGUAAAUCAACAGGCAGUGUUUUACUGUAUAAAUUUAGGAAUCAAUAGUUUGCUCUCGUGAUAUCGUUCAAAACAAAUUUAAUUAAUUUUAUAUAUUAAACAAAUAUAUGGUUCUUAUUUGGAAUUAAGUAAUUUUUGAAGCCUGCACCGCUGCACAAUGUGGGCGGUUAUAAUCACAGACUAUUCAGUAAUCAACGCAUUUUAUUCCCAGAUUUGCUCCCAAAACAUUGGGGGUGAAAUCAAUAAUUAAAAUGUUCAUGUGUAUAAAAUGAUAAAAAAUAUCAAUUAAUAUGAAUGUGAUAUAUAAUUCUCAAAUUCAUUAAUAAUUCAUGAGUAAAUUAGCCAAUGAUAAUCACCUAUUUGAUCACCAUUUGCCAUUUGGAUACUUGAUGAAAGUCACUAGUAUUUUCAUCACAUAUCUUAAUUACGCAUGCAAAAUUACUUGAAUAGAAUUCCUAAUUACGUUAUGCUUGGUUAAGAAUUCUAUUCAAAUCAGCAAACGAAAACAUUCUGUUACGUCUCGAUUUAUUUGAGAAGCCAUAUAAACAACUCAGCUUGUGUCUCACCGGGACAUCCAAACACUCGAAAACAAUGGUGAAACACUCGCUCUUGUUGUUCAUAUAUUACGUACAGUAAUAUAUCACAAGAAUAUUCUCAUGCUAAAACAUGCAGUGCAUGUAAGUACUAAUUAAUAUGUAUUUAUAAACAUGUAACAUAUUCCUUUUGUGUCAAAAUUUCAGUAGAUUUCCUUGACCAGGAAGAAAAUUUUCUUGAAUUUUUUUUAUGAUGAUUAACGGUUUUCCAAAAAAAAAACACGUUGAGGCGCAUAGUUAAAGAUGACGCACGCGCUGAGCAGUAACAGAAUACUUUACUUUUUUGCCUUGUCCUUUCAAGAGCUACAGAAUAAAUGCUGUAGUCUAUUGAGAUAUCCUCUCAAAUAAGCUCGCCCUAUCUCUAACAAGCCCUCCUCCUUUCUUGGACGAAAAAAUAUACUAACCCCCCUAUCUAUUAACCCUCAUUCAUGUCGAAAACACUGAAGAUUUUGUUAUUUUAUUCACGAUAAGUUACGCGCAAAGACACAAGACAAUUCCUUAUAUGGUAAAAAUUAAGUUCUCAAUAUGUGUAAACUGGACUAACGUUUUAUACACACUCCCCCAUAUAGCUCGUAAAGAGAUAUAUGUACUAGUAAUAAUAAAAUACCCAACUUAGAAUAAAUGUAUAACAUAUAUAAGUUCACCAUCAAUGCAUAUUAAUAAUAUAAGCUUGUAAUCAAAGUCAUUGUUGAUCAUCAGCAACAUUGUCCCUGAUUCGUCUCUCUGCUUCCACGGCAGUUUCUCUGCGUGGUCAGAAUGGCUUGGCAUUGUGGAGCCGGUUGGGUCGCGAUUGGGCACGUACGAUCGCACGACGAUCUACUAGAAUACAACAGUUCAGUUAAUAAAACAGUUCAGUUCUUUACCAAAGACAUUGACAGCAAGUAAAUAUAGUAUUAAGUAUUUAGAAAGCUUCGGAUUGAUAGGGAUGCAACUACCUGAAAAAUACAAGGAGAACUUCGAUGUUUCGAGCGAUGGUCCUGUUACAUAGAGAAUAAUACAUGGGUGCGCGGAAAUACCAGAUUUAUUUCGAGUGUUGAACAUGAUAUCUCACGAGUGAGCGCAGUUUAUUAUAUAAAGGACAGUCUUUGAAAAGCGAUAUUUUUUACAGAAAAGCGAUAAUUGAAAAGCGAUAAUUUUUACAUGUGAGAUUAUCAUGAAUAAUCUCACAUGUGAGAUUAUCACUUUUGUCAGUGCUUGAAAUCUCUAUAAAGCACUAAAUUUUAUAUAAUAAAUAUGUAUAAUACAUCUGUGGACAAUAUAAAAUACUAGAAGUUAUUAUCGCAAGUGAAAUGCUGCCUAUAGCCAUCAAUGUAACAAUCUCUCUGCAAAAUAAUGAAUCGUGUAGAACGACGUUUCGAGCGAAGGUCCUAUUACGUAUUUAUAAUACAUCGAUAGACAAUAUAAUAUUUAAUCCUCGUUGCAGCAGAAAAAACGGAGAACGAGGACCUGCAAAAAAAAACAUGUUUACCCACGAGCAAAUGCAUUUCGUUCGUCCGGGUUUUCCCCAGCUCAGUUUCUAUUGGUCAAUUUAAACAAGCCUUUAUUUGUGUCAUUCUCCUUUCGUCUUUCCCGCUUCAACUUGAUGGGUCUGCCACGCAGGCUAUGUUUCGCAAGGCAAUCUUUUCUGCAGUUUGCAAAGAAAUUUCAUGUGAAAUGUAUUCAUAGUAAAAUUGAAAAUUUGCCCCGCAUUUUAUCUUGCUAGCACAGAGGCUUGAAAUGAAUGAAUGAGAAUGUUAGAAAAGUAAAAGGUUACUGUUAAUAUUUUUAACAUAACAUCGCUCUAUGUCCGAAACUGAGUUGCAGUCACAGCAACAAUUAGUCAUCUAACAUGGCCUUACGCUAGCCUUAUAUAAUAUCAGCUCUAUACAGUAUAUUGUAUAAUUGGCGUUGCAUGAAUUUACGGGAGUCGAUGAGAAAUGGUCGUCAAACAACAGCGCGAGCAUUGCAUUCGCAUCAAUUCUUGUGAAUUGUUGUUUGAGGGGGGCUUGAGGUGGGUUUCAAAGUGAGAUAUCCUGCUGGACAUUCUGUAGGCAAAGACAGUUAAUGUGUUUAAUGGAGAAUACAUGCAAUGUAAUCAUUUUAUUUCAUUUGCUUUCUCUAAAAGUGUCGAUGUACAAGAGUAAUACGGUGUAUAGCACAUAUAUGAAUAAUGCAAGGUGAAUAGAAUAGUGCAAGGAAAUUCACCAAGACGCAAAGUGUCGAGUAUCCAGAGCGGGUAUCCAGAGCUGGUAUCCAGAGCUGCGCAACCAAUUAAAUUGCCCGAAAAAAUACUAUCCACCACCCGAGUAUAUGCUAAAUAUUGAUAUUUAACUUGUUUAGCGUCCAACUGGUGCUACGUCAUCACCCCAAGCUUCCAGAAUGGCAGGUCAUCCGUAUGCCAGCGUGGCUGGAACACCACAAGGAAAACGACCUGACCCAAAGUCAAGCAGGCGCGUGUAAGUAGAUCGCGGAUUUUGAUCGAUAGAAACACAAUUUAAAGAUAGUAAAUUUUCGUAAAUGUAUAUAGACUAGAUGGUUUUUACAUUCUUGUAACUUGCCUAUUUUCUACAAGUUAUAUCCAGUAGCAUGGCCAGACACUAUAUAAAGGUACCGACAGGACUGGAAUUUCUCUAGAACCUCUCCACGGCCACGGCAAUUACGUGAGCAAUUGCCGUGGAUUGCAGCGGCUCUCUACGGCAGUUUCCGCCAAUUUACACUACGGCAAUAAACUGCCGUCGUCGUUGUCCACAGUGAUCCACGGCAUUUUCUUCUCGAUCCACGGCAUUUUCUUCUCGAGCCGCGAUAUAAUUCCAGAACCGGACAAUGGUUUUCAUGCAAGUAUAAGUACAGUACUAUUCAAGCACGUUCACACUUGACUUUAGCAAAACAAGUGCAACAAAAGUGCGGGAAUCUGUCGGCAAAAUAUGUAAUUUGCAUAAUUUACGCCAAUCUUUCGUGAUGUAUCCGCCAUGAAGUUAUUUUACUAUCACGAAGUGUUGACAAAUAUAUGCUUAGCACUCGACUAUACUUCUUCAGUAGUUGACACAGGCUAGCUCAGUACAUCCAGGCUUGGAAAUUUUUUUUUCAUUGCCACUAACUGCAAAUGUGGUUUUUGUUAUGUGUAAUAUUUGAGUCAUUCUAAGAAGAAAUGUAAUGUACUCUUGGGGGUCGAGCUGAUCGUAUGGAGCCGGGCUGACUCGGUUAACCGUGAUGAUUCGUUCAAUAUAGCUCUUAUCACGGCUUUGAUAACGUAACCAUUCAAAAUGACAUUUCAAAGUUGAAUUAGCUAUAUCAGCUUAAUUCCAGUAACAGUAUACGACGUAUAACGAUCUUUUAUAGCCCCUUAUAGUAUUAAACAACCUCGUCUUUUCAUUGUCACAGUUGCAUGCCGGAUAUGAUGUCAUUAGAUGAAUAAUUUGGGAGGAAAAAAAAUGGAAAAAUAUAUAUGCAAUUUAUAUAAUGACGUCAUAUCCGAAAACUUUGACAUUGAAAAAGUUGACCAAGAUGAGUUUUUUUCUAUAAAGAGAUAUUGCAUUUCUUCUUACAGUCGAAUUCACGAAACUUUGACCACAAAUGUUCCAAACUUCGUUGCGAAGUUCACUACAAGUUCGUUGCGAAGUUUAAAAGUUCAUAAUGACAAUGCAUGAGCUUCACAAACCAGUUUGCAAACAACGCAUUUGAUUGGCUUCUUUUACUUCAGGGACCAAUCACGGACUUUGUUUACAAAUUGGCUUGUGAAUUCCAAUAUGAACUUCCGAACUUCGCAACGAACUUGCGAACUUCGCAAAAAGUUCACAACAUUUGUGGUCAAAGUUUCGUGAAAUCGACUGUAAAAUGACCCAAAUAUCACACAUACAAAACGACCACGUUAACUGACACCUUAUAUCUUGCAAUGUAUACGUAGCUUAUAAAAUGUAAGUCCACGGCAAUAUCCAGGGUUAAAGUAAAUUAACUUGUAUCAGUUUUGGUUUGUGGAAACAUUUAAAUGAAGUAAAUUUUAUUACUAAUAGGAAGAAGAAGAAAGCUGGAGAUAAAGUUUUGCCACAACGAGUAAGUCUGUCGACUGUCGUAGUAUUUUCAAGGCCAUGAUAUAUAAUAAUUUAUAAAAAAUCAUCUCCUGAUUCUGUAUUUGUUUAGGUUCGAGAACUCGUGCCAGAGUCUCAGGCGUACAUGGAUUUGUUAGCGUUUGAGCGAAAACUGGAUUCUACAAUAAUGAGAAAAAGACUCGAUAUUCAAGAGGCGUUAAAGCGGCCGGUGAAGGUACUGUAUACAUGCAGAGUAAUUUGUAAGCCAAGUUUCCCCGUGAAUCUAGGAUGCUUUUCUUUCUUUCGUAAGAUGCUUUCUGGUAUGGCUGUAGCCGAAGUGCCUAGGUUUUGGGAAACUCGUGCCUGAAUGAGAUCUGCAUAUUAUUUAUUAACACAUAUAAAAUUCAACGCCAGUAUAUAUUUUUGAAUAUUUCUUGAAUACGCCUAUAUACAGAACGCCUUUUUUACUUUUUGUCCAUUUAGCAAAAGCGCAAACUAAGAGUGUUCCUUACUACACAUUUUCAUGGUGCUCGUCCAGACGCUGAGGUACGUUUUCAUACGAUUUAUAUUUAGUAAAACUAGUACUGUACUCUUUAUACACAUCCUAAUCAGCUACAUAUAACCUCUUCUAUUUGCUCAACAACACGAAUGUGUCCAAGUAUCGUUUCACUUAGAGUGAUAUCACAGACCUGGAAUAUCACAGACAUGGAAUAAGUUAGUGUUUAUUCUUAAUGUUUUCGGAUCCUGAAUUUGCCUUUUACAAAUGUCCCUCGAAAGUGCGUAAUAACAAUGGAAAACUUAACUAUACAUUACGCCAUGAUGUAUGCAACAACAAACUAAGUAUACUAGACUGUAUUUGGUGGAUGGUAUCCUUCAGUAACAUUAUAGACAGGUUGUUGUGUGGUGCAAAUGCGGCCAAGUUGUUUCGUACUGUUUAAUAAACGAGCAGGAGUGUUUUAUUAGGUUUAAAGUCACGAGCGCGCAGCGCGAGUGGCUUUAGACCUAAUAAAACACGACCUGCGAGUUUAUUAAACGGCUUCAAACACGACUACAAAUUCAAUAUACUGCCUAUUAGUAUUCUUUAUGUAAAGAAUACUAAUGAGGGCACGACUACAAUAGAUACUGCCUUAUUAGUAUUCUUUAUUUAAAGAAUACUAAUUAGGAGUAUUUUAUCAGGUUUAAAGCCACUGUAACAAGUUGGCCGCAUUUGCACCACACAACAAGAUUGUAUUUGUAUUACAUGUCUCAAAUGGCAGAUGUAAUUCUUUAAGAUUCUCCUAUGAAAAUUUAAAAUGUUCCUCAAUCUUCUUCCUCAGGAUCCCGAGAUCCCAUUUUCCCAGGUCUGUAAUAUGCAUGAAAAUGUUCUUAAAUCUUCUGAUGGAUGUGAACGAGUGGAUGAGUUAUGAAUGUUCAGACGAGGGUACAUGUACUCCAAACAUUCGCAACUCAUCCACUCGUUCACAUGCAUCAGAUGGAGAAAAUUGCACUAGAAAUCGCACCAAAAAGUGUCUUAUGCCUAAAACGGGUCUUAUGCCUAAAAAAAUACCUGUGGUUCCAGUUCCCGACCGACCCUAUUUUUUUCUGCCGACCCUAUUAUUUUUUCAACGCAAUUGACCGUGCGACCCUAUUUUCUCCGGGUGGUUGCGGGCUGCUGCCAAAAUGGCGUCUGUUGUCGCACUAAUUAUUGGAAAAAACCAUGAACAAAUAUUAAAAAAAAAAUUAUUUCCGACCUACCGACCCUACUUUUUUCGCGAUAUGAAACCGGAACCACAGGUAUUUUUUUAGGCCUUAAUAUAACCACGUUUGCGAAUACACAUAUACUACUUCUAUUCUGUUUGUUUAUUUUAGGAUGAGGACUCCAUCGUGCCUUCUUGGGAGCUUCGUGUGGAAGGAAAGUUAAUGGAUGAUGUACGUUUACGAUUUUAAAUAUAAGUGAAAUCCACGCUAUGGAAAUCAUAAUUGCAAUAAAUCCAUAGUCUAUCCACACUAUAUUGUUGCAUAAAGGGUGUUGUUGAUAGAAAUUUCGAUUGUAAAUUCUACAAAUUUAUUCGACCUAACCUACACACGUAAAAACGCACAAGUUUGUUACAAGUCUGUUCACAAGCUGUUAACACGAUGUAUUCGCACUGCUUGUCACAAGUUGUCAACAGGUUUGGAACAACUUGUUGACAACUUGUAACAACCUCGAAAUUAUCAGACUUGUUGCAAGGUUGUUCUGACAAGUCUGUGACAUGCUUGAUAUAACAAGAUUAUUACAACCUUGUGUUGACAACCUUGUAACAUCCUUGUAAUAUAUUGGCUGUAACAAACUUGUUAGCACAAUCUUGUAACAAGGCUGAUAAUGCCAUCAAGCUUGUUACAAGUUGUUAACAGCUUGUUUCAAACUUGUUACAACAAACUGGGAACAAGCAGUGCGAGCACAAUUUGUUGACAGCUUGUGAACAGACGUGUAACAACUUGCUUGCAGACUUGUUACAAUUUGUGCGUUUUUACGUAUGUAGUGUUAGCUGAAAAACUGUGUAGCAAAGCUGUAACAAUAAUUUGAAACCCUUAGUAGGCUAAAAAUUAAGUUAUUGCAUGAAAUUGAUCCGUGGCAAAACAACUACAAAAGAUGGGUCAUGUUAACUCAAAGUGUCCGCCACCGACAAAUAUUGUGCAGGCUGUGGUGUAUUCGCAUUUAUAAAAAUUACAAUAACUUUUUAAACUAUAUAACUACUUUAGAAUAACGUUAACAUAAUUUUUAAUAACGAAUAAACAGAUCUUAAGUAAAAGUCAAUCUUAGAUUAUAUGUAUAUUUAUCUGUAAAGUAAUUUCAGUUUCAAUGUGUUUACAGCAAGGAAUAAAACCUGAUGUUACGAAGCAGAAGAGAAAGUUUUCUUCAUUUUUCCGAAGUUUAGUAAUAGAACUGGAUAAAGAUCUUUAUGGUCCUGACAACCACUUGGUUGAGGUAUGCCAUUUUUUACAAUCAUUUCAGACAGUGGAAAAGCAGUGGUGUGAGUUAAGUUUUUUGAUCGCAUGUCGUCGAUUUAGUUGCAUGACUUGUUUACGUGUUCAUGCCAUCCAAUUUUUGUACAAAACUCGACCUUAUUUAACCAUAAUAAGGGGCUGACAACAGGUCGGAUAAUAUCUUAGUUUUCUUGCUGCCUGGAACUAGGGAAUAUUUGAAGCAGCAAAAUUAGAUACGGUAUUACUCCCAUCGGCGAUCGCAUAUAAUUUUAUAACGUUAUCAGAGCAUUAGUAUCUGAGCAUGUGAGUUUCUGGCUACUUGCAUAAACAUGCGUUAUAAAAACAAAAUACACAAAUUAAAAUAUUUGCUCCUAAAUCUAUAGUAUACACAAUUGAGCUCGCUUUGCAUUGCACUUGGUUACUAUACAAAUUCAGUUUCCACUGAACGAAGCUAAGAAAUGACUUUUGUAUACUUUACUGUACACAAUACCUUACUGUACACAAUACAACUUGGACUAACAACUUUGGCACGGGCGACCUUUCUGGCAAAGUUUCAGUUAAUGAAUAGAAGUUUUAAAUUGGUCUUUAUGCCCUGAAUAACAAGCAAAAUUCGUCUUACAUUUUGCUUUUUAACGUCAAUGUCUGUAAAAUCAAUGUUCUUCUUCAAUUCUUUUAGUGGCAUAGAACAGAUAAAACUCAAGAAACGGAUGGCUUUCAAGUGAAAAGACCAGGCGAAGACAAAGUGAAAUGUACAAUCAUGCUGCUGUUAGAUUAUCAACCCGCACAGUACAAACUUGAUCCUCGUUUAGCUCGAUUACUUGGCAUUCACACUCAGACAAGACCUGUCAUUAUCAAUGCUCUAUGGCAAUACAUAAAGG